GCAAGCUGACAAUUCCAGAUUCGAACCAGUCAGCAAACAGCGUCUGGAUAGGCCACACCACCACCCACCCAACCAGGCGCCGCGCAAGGAUGAGUGUUUUUAAGGAAAAUCAAUCCAAGCUAAGGAACACGUCUUGAGUUUCUAUUCUCGGAAAAAGGACUUGCAAUUUGCUGAAAAGUCGAGGCAAAGUGGAUCUAAAGGCACAUGUAGGAUUCUCUCUGUGUAUUUGGCGUCGAUUUAUGCUUAAUGAUCGGUGUUACAAAGGGGAGUUGUGCCGUAGGUUAAGACAAAAAAAAUUCUACAAGGAAAUCAUCAUAACUUCAUUCGGGAAUCCACUUAAAAGGGAGAAUAAUUUCUGAAAGAAGCUAAGUCUGCUCAAGGCAUGGCAGGUUGGGCUUGGGUGUCAGAGGAGGCUCCAGAGGACCCGGCCCUGAGAGAGGGAGCCGAUGGCUGAGGAAUGAAGUGCUUCACCCGGGCAGAAUGAAGAUGCAGGAGGGGAGAUCCCAGAACAACAAGUGAAGAAGAGUCACAAUGGGUGCCAAUGCAUCCAGCUACUCGCACUCAUGCUCCCCUCGUAUAGGAGGAAACGCACAGAUACAGCAGACCUUCAUAGGGACGUCGUCAUACUCCCAGCAGGGCUAUGGCUGGGAGUCCAAGCUGUACAGCCUGGAGCAGGGUCACGACAAGCCCCAUGACAGGAAGAAGAAGAGCCUGGGCCUGGCCACCCUCAAGAGGAGGUUCAUCAAGCGCCGUAAGUCCAGCCGUUCUGCGGACCAUGCCCGCCAGAUGAAGGAGCUCCUGUCGGGGUGGGAUGUACGUGAUGCCAACGCCCUGGUGGAGGAGUAUGAGGGCACAGCCUCCCUCAAGGAGCUGAGCUUCCAUGCCAGCUUGGCGCGGGCCAAGGCACCCAGCCUGCAGCGUGACCUGGCUGCCCUUUACCAGCACAAGUACUGCACCGAUGUGGACCUCAUCUUCCAGGACACCUGUUUCCCCGCCCACCGCGCCGUGCUGGCUUCCCGCUGCCCCUUCUUCAAGACCCUACUGUCCUCCUCUCCGGGGUACGGAGCUGAGGUCCUUAUGGACAUUGAGACGGCGGGUAUCGAUGUGCCCAUGUUCUCUGCACUACUGCAUUACCUGUACACGGGGGAGUUUGGGGUGGGUGGGGUGGAGGACUCCAGGCUGCAGAACGUGGACGUGCUGGUGCAGCUGAGCGAGGAGUUCGGCACCCCCAACUCCCUGGAGGCAGACAUGAGAGGGCUGUUUGACUACAUGUGUUACUACGACGCCCUGCUCAGCUUCUCCUCCGACGCGGAGCUGGUGGAGGCCUACAGCAGUGGGGGGGCUGGAGGGGGCGUGGCCACAGGAGGCUGCCGGGGGCUGGGUUCCCCAGACAAGGACCUGAGGGCCCACAAGGCCGUGCUCUCGGCCCGCUCACCCUUUUUCCGGAACCUUCUGCAGCGGCGCAUCCGCACGGGGGAGGAGAUGACGGAGCGCACGCUGCAGACACCCACACGCAUCGUGCUGGACGAGUCCAUCAUCCCGCGGAAGUAUGUGCGAGUCAUCCUUCACUGCAUGUACACGGAUGCGGUGGAGCUGGGGCUGGUGCUGAGGGGGAGCCCCUCGGCCGGGAGCCUGGGGGAGGUGCAGGUCCUGGUGGCCGGGGGCAGGGGAGGAGCUAGCACCCGCACUGAGGAGGCCAUGGAGCUCUACCACAUCGCGCUCUUCCUUGAGUUCAGCAUGCUGGCACAAGGCUGUGAGGACAUUGUGGUGGAGAGCCUGUCCCUGGACUGCCUGGUUCCCAUCCUGAAAUGGAGUUCUCAGCCCUACGGCUCUAAGUGGGUCCACCGCCAGGCCCUACACUUCCUGUGUGAGGAGUUCAGCCAGGUCGUGACCUCUGACGUACUCUACGAGCUCAGCAAGGAGCACCUGCUCACCGCUAUCCAGUCAGACUACCUACAGGCGAGUGAGCAGGACAUUCUCAAGUACGUUGUGAAGUGGGGCGAGCAGCAGCUUAUUAAGAGGAUGGCAGACCGGGAGCCUAACGUGCUGAGCGGAACUGCCCACAGCGUGAACAAGCGGGGGGUGAAGAGGAAGGACCUGGAUGUGGAGGAGCUGAAGGAGAUCCUGUCCCCCCUGCUUCCCUUCAUCCGCACUGAGCACAUCCUCCCUGCCAACAGCGACGUCCUCUCUGACGCGACAAAGAGGGGUCUGAUCAGUACCCCUCCCUCGGACAUGCUGCCCACGACUGAGGGGGGCAAGGCCAACUCGUGGUUACGGCAGAAGAACGCUGGCAUCUAUGUGCGACCACGUCUCUUCUCUCCAUACGUGGAGGAGGCUAAGUCUGUGCUGGAUGAGAUGAUGGUGGAACAGACAGAUCUGGUGCGUCUACGUUUGGUGCGCAUGUCCAACGUGCCAGACACCCUCUACAUGGUCAACAACGCCGUGCCACAGUGCUGUCACAUGAUCAACCAUCAGCAGAUGGCCAGCAGCCAGACCACCGCUCCGUCCGUGGUAGCCAAUGAGAUCCCAGUACCCAGACUGGUGGUGGUUAAGGAGAUGGUCCAGAGGCUGCAGGAGCUGAGUCACACCGACCAGGUCCAGAGGGCCUACGCCCUCAACUGUGGCGAGGGGCCCACCGUCAGCUAUGAGCUGCAGCUGCGUGUGCUGAGGGAGUUUGGCCUGGCGGACGGGGCUACUGAGCUACUGCAGAACCCUUACAAGUUCUUCCCAGAGGAGCGUUUUGGAGACGAGAGUCCUGUUCUGGCCCUGCGCCAGGCAGGUCGUUGUCGGGUCAACAGCAGCCCAGCGAUGGACAGCAUGUUCUCAGACCUGGAGGGCCUGGCUGGGUUUCACCCCCCACUGCCUCCCCCACCACCCCCAUACCACCCCCCUGCCACCCCCAGCCGUGCCCAGCUGAAGGGGGCCUGGAGGCCUCGUGUGCCCAUCCCACCCCCCACCCGCUCUUUCUCCUACCCCUGUAACCACACUCUGCUCCAGCUCCACACCACAGCCAAACAUGGCAGCCCAGACUACCCCUCCGCCCCCAGGCCUCCACCUCCAGACUGCAGCAACCCACAGGCCAAGGGCCGAGCCCUGCUCCCAGAACCACAGCUGAGCAUGGAGCCUGUGAUGAGGGAGUUCAUGCCUGACAUCGCUCUGGGUGUCUCUGUCAUGACCCUGAGGGAGCACCAUAUGGGGGACAGGGAUGGUCACGACCCUCAUGGCCCCAUGGCCCACCCGGCCCCACACCUCCCCCCCGGCCCCUGUCCCUCCACUCGCCUCAGCUUCAGUCAUGGUCACUCCUGUAAGAGGCACGCUCCAGAGCCAAAGCUGGAGGCCCAGGCAGAGUUCCCUGAUCUGUAUGACUUCUCCUGCCGACCAACCACCGCAACAUCCAGCCACCCCCUGCCCCCCUACGCAGGGCCAGACCUCUACAGCCACAGCUCCUCCAGCCACCCUCCCUCCUACAAGUCUGACAGCCAGGGAUGGGCAGCUGAGGCACGCUCUGACCCCCUGCGUCUGGACGUCCUAGGCCUGCCCCCCCAGUGGCAGGAUGGAGCUCUGGCUAACCCCUCUGUUCCCCAGGCUGGGGAAGGACACAUCCCCAGAGGACGAUCAAACAAUGAGACCGACCUUACUCACGGUCUUGGCAACUUGUGUGGCUCCCCCAGUGGAAACCUAGACGGGUAUGAGGAGCGGUCGUCAGCCCACAGGGAAGGCCCUAAGGAGAUGGCGGUUACUGGCGAGUCCCCAGGUUCAGGGGCCCAGCAGCCACAUAGGAACAGUAUUAGCGAGGAGGCUAGCAGAGAACGCAGGUCACCCAACAACCCUGACUACCCUUACAAGAAGUCUGCACUAUAACCCUCGGGGAGGACCUGGGGUUGAGUCGUCAAAAGGGAAAGUGAGGGAAACAACCCUCUGUCAUGGACAGCAAAGCACUAAUGAGUGUGUGAAGGGGUGGCUAAUGAUUUCUAUUUAUUGUGUGGUGUGUGUGUGUGUAAGUACCCUACCUCCUCCAGGCCUUUCUCCAUGACAUAGUGCUGUCUUCACCUCACGUCUCCUCUGAGUGCUACAGAGAAGCAGCAUCAGGACUGUAGGUUAGUUAGAGAAACAGCAGUGACUGUCGGACUGUUGUAUUGAAGCUUGGUGAAGCCAACCUCAAUGCUGCAGUUUUACAAUAUAACUCCAGCAGUACUGUUUGGGAGGGGUUUUGCCUAUUUCCCUUGAGCCUUGUUGCACCACAGGUUUGUUGUGACCUCAAAGUUGUGGGAAUCAGGAACAAAGAUCUUAUCAUAAAGACGAUCAUAACAAAGACGUUACUAUGAUCGUAACCAUGAAAUGUAGUUCAGAUGUGCUGAGGAUGUAUAAUAUACAUAUGGACUGUAGUCCUCAGGAUAUAUUUUAACUGGGAGAUGUAUAAAUAGGAUCUCAGUAUAAACUAGUUAACACCAGCACAUAGCUUCAAUCAGCGUUAUCUUCAUGAUAAAAUCGUGUAAAAACAA